AUGUCAGCCUACCAAAAGCUUGCGCUAUUACUACGUGCACACUCCUUAUCCUUAACUAAUGUUUUACCAUCGACUUCUCUGAAAAAUGCAUCAUCAUUCACUGGGGGCAAUCGCGGGAUUGGAUACGCAUAUAGUCGUGCUGUUGCUCAGGCUGGUGCACGAGUGGCCAUUAUCUACAGAAGUUCCAAGGACGCGCAUGAGGUAGCUGAGAAGCUUGGAAAAGAAUUCGGCGUGAAGGUCAAAGCUUAUCGAUGCGAUGUAUCCGAUGCAGACAAGACAAAUGAAACGUUCUCUCUCAUCGACAAAGAUCUCGGUCCGGUGACAGGACUUAUAGCAAAUGCUGGUGUCUCCGUGGUGAAGCCUGCACUCGAGCUGACCAACAAGGACUUCCAUAAAGUGUACGGUGUCAAUGUCCUUGGUGUAUUCAACAGCACCAAGGCCGCGGCAAAGCUUUGGAUUGACAAGAAGUAUGGCGGUUCGAUCGUUAUCACAUCCUCCAUGAGCUCGCGAAUCAUAAAUCAAGUCGCGCCAAAUAAACCAUUAACUCAGGUCUUCUACAAUUCAUCCAAGGGUGCUGUGUCCACUCUCAUGAAAGGGUUGGCUGCAGAGUGGGCUAUUCAUGGCAUUAGAGUGAAUGCGCUGUCCCCUGGUUAUGUGAACACGGAUCAAACCUCUGGUAUGGAAACCUGCGUCCUCGAGAAUCAAGCAAGGACCGUACCGCUCGGACGCUUCGCCGAGCGCUCACCACCUCAAAAGCCGCAUGAGAUGACAGGCCAGGCAGUGUUGCUUCUGUCCGAUCAUGCCAGCUACAUGACGGGUGGAGAAUAUUUUGUCGACGGCGAGCGCGCAACAGGAAGACUCGGACGCGGAAAAGUUGUCGCAGACAAUUGA